GAAAGAAGCUUCAGGAUGAGCGGAAGAGGCAAAACCGGAGGAAAGGCCAGAGCCAAGGCCAAGACUCGCUCCUCCCGCGCAGGACUGCAGUUCCCCGUGGGCCGUGUCCACAGGCUGCUGCGCAAAGGCAACUACGCGGAGCGUGUCGGUGCCGGAGCCCCCGUCUACCUGGCGGCCGUCCUGGAGUAUCUGACCGCUGAGAUCCUGGAGCUGGCUGGAAACGCUGCCCGCGACAACAAGAAGACCCGCAUCAUCCCCCGUCACCUGCAGCUGGCCGUCCGCAACGACGAGGAGCUCAACAAACUGCUGGGUGGAGUCACCAUCGCCCAGGGUGGAGUGUUGCCCAACAUCCAGGCGGUGCUGCUGCCCAAGAAGACCGAGAAGGCCGCCAAGACCAAGUAGAGCUGCUGGCCGUCAACACUGCGGGACCGCAGACCCACAAAGGCUCUUUUAAGAGCCACUCACCUAUAAUCUUUUGACCAAUACACUCCUAUGAGUUUUUUUUCUUAUUUUGUUUAUGGAUCAUGUUGGCCCAUAAUCCAC